AGCAACUUGCUGGUGUCGUGGAGUUUCCCCCUGCUCUUAACAGAAGGAGCCAAAGAUAAAGGACAACACACCAAUCUGUAUCUCCACUCCCAUCUCUUUCUUCUUGGGGCUAGAGGUACCCUGAAAAGGAGCAGCAGGUGUUGCGGAUGGGCAUAGCCGAGCUGGAAGAAAGAGGGAGGAUGAGCUACCAGGAGGGCCACCGCUUGGGGUACGGCGAUGUAGAAGAGGAGCUCCAGGACCUAGGGUGGUAUCAUGACAGUCUCACCCGCCACGCAGCAGAGGCCCUUCUUCUUUCCAAUGGCAGUGACGGGAGCUACCUAUUACGGAAGAGCAAUGGCAAGGCCAAUCUUUUUUCUCUCUCAGUAAGAGCAAAAGAUUCUGUCAAACAUUUUCAUGUGGAGUACACUGGAGCUUCGUUCAAGUUCGGUUUUAAUGAAUUUUCAAGCUUGAAAGACUUGAUAAAGCAUUUUGCCAACCAGCCCUUAAUUGGCAGUGAGACAGGUACUCUGAUUGUACUGAAAUACCCAUAUCCUAAAAAAGUGGAAGAACCUUCUAUUUAUGAAUCUGUGCGGGUUCACACAGCAAUGCAGACAGGAAAAACAGAAAUUGAUCUUGUCCCCAACGCUCCGUCGCUGGGUACGAAAGAAGGUUAUCUGACCAAACAAGGCAAAAUAGUUAAGAAUUGGAAAACUAGGUGGUUCACACUGCAUAGGAACGAGCUGAAAUAUUAUAAAGACCAGACGUCCACAGAGCCAAUCAGAGCACUAGACUUAACAGAAUGCACAGCAGUGCAGUUUGACUAUUCACAGGAAAAAGUCAAUUGUUUUUGUUUAGUAUUCCCUCUGAGGACAUAUUAUCUUUAUGCAAAGACUGGAGUAGAAGCCGAUGAGUGGAUUAAGAUACUGCAGUGGAAACUGUCCCAGAUAAGGAAACAACAAGCACGCCAGUGCUUUGGCACUCUCAGGCCGUAGGGAACUUCCACAGCUGCUUUGCCUGCACAAGGCCCAUCCUGCGCGUUCAAGUCAAUGCUCCAUCAAGCCUGCCUUCAUGAAGAACCGAAGACCUGCUGUGUUGGGUUGGACCAGAAAUCUCUCAAGCCCAGCAGUGUCUCUGGCCAUGACCGUCUGGAUGCUCCUAGGACUCUGGCAUGAUGAUGGCAUGAUGGAGCUACCCAGCCCUGAUGUCUGUCCCCAGCAGCCCAUGACCAGAAGAAUCCUGCCUUUGAAGGUGGAAAGGCCUCGUUUACCUAAUCGCUACUGAUAAAACCACCCUCCGUGAAUUUGUAUAACUCUUUUUUUAAAAAAAAGCCAUCUGAACGAUUGACCAUUACCAAAUCUGGAUGUGAUGAUAGCCAAUGCCCUAUCUUCUGCUUAGGUAUUGUGUAUUCCGGUCUUCGCUGCCAUGCAUACCUGUUUCCUGUGUGGAUAAUUUCAGUUGCACAGAAUGAAAGAAAGCACUUCAGGUGUUGCAGUUAACUCAAGGGACUUGGAUAUUAUCAUAGUUGAAUUACCUUUGAAAGCUUCUUUUCUAAAACCCUGGCAUACUCUGCCUCUUCCCAAUAAUUUCCUCCAGAUGCUCAAGCAUAAGCUGCAUGUACACUACAAAGAAAGAAAGUGGUUUUUAACCUGGUCUGCUACAGCUUCUAAAACUGUGCGUGUGUGUGGUCUUGAUAAAGGGCCAAGACCAGCCCCCUCCCCAUUACACAUUGGAGGGCCAGCAUUUCUUUCAGACAGCAGCAUGCCCCCCCACACCUCACAGGGAACUGCUUUGGAAGAUUAUUAUGUGAUUAGUACGGCUUUUGUUGGGUGGAGUAGAAGUGGCAGGCAGUGCAAGUGGGGGACUCAAAAAGCUUCCAUAUGUAAACAGAGCACCGUGCAUGGUGCUUUUGACCCAGAAGAAUGCUUUCCGAUGACGUUGACAGUUUUGGUUUUUAAAAUUCACAAGCCUACCAAUACCAGCACAACCGACUGUUUUUUACAUGCACGUUGAAGCCAAAUUGGUUGUAUACCCUCUUUCACAUUACAACUAUUUAUGGCACAGAUGCCUCUCAACUGUAGGCUUCUCUGCCCCUCACUCAUGUGUGUGUGUGUGUGUGUGUGUGUGUGUGUGUGUUUUCUUUCUAUAAAGCAAGUAGUAGUAGUAGUUUAUUUUCCACGGUCAAUGACCAGCAAUUUACAAAAACACCAAUAAAAGGUACCACAGAAGAAAAUAAAACAUCAAUAAAACCAUUCACAAUACCUGGGUAAAAUCAUUCAUGAUACACUAGUAUAAAGCAAGUAAAAUGUGGAUGGGAGGGAGGGAGAGAGCAGGGGAAGGACACGUCUCUAAACCCAAACUGAUUUUUCAAAAAAAAAUUCUUGCUCCUAGUCUAAUACAGUAGCAUAUAACAGUGAACAUACAGCCUAAGGGAGCGGGGGGGGGGGAGGGGGUGAAGGUGGGCAUUUGCAUCACAGAGAAAAUGGAGAUGUGCACCCCUACAUCAAUCCAGUCUGCAGUGUAAAUGACACCUGGGACACUGCAUAUCUGACUACACAACAGAGCUGGCAAAAUGUUCCCAUUCCAGCAAUGAAAUCCAGUACACAGUUUUUGACUCAACUGGAGCAGAACACAUGGCAUUGGGCCUAUUAUGACAUGCUGUUGUGCUGAUGACACCGAAACUAACCCCCCCCCCCCACACGUUUACAGUUCAUUGUUAACACACAGGAAGUCGCACCACCUGCCUUUGGAGAAAGUAUCAUGGGUGGGCUCAACAGAAACAACAACAGAAAAACGUAUGCAUGAGUGGGAAUGUGCGCGUGCAUGAAUAGCUAUACCUACUGACAGAAGUGAGAGAACUCUUUCCCACAUCUAUCCAGAAAGACGAAGUAACCGGAGACCGUAAUAGCAUAUUGGUUAGAUUUCUAUCUCUUUAAAAACCUUUCAGAAAUAGUUCUAUGUCAUAUUUAAUAUAGUCUUUAGUAUUAGAAACAUUUCAAAAUAUACUGUGAAUACUGAAAACUGGAGAAUGGGACCAGAAGACAGUAGCGUUUUUUAUAAAUGUAUUAGGAACAACGCGAGUUCAUGCAUUUUUGUACCUUUAUUAUACAUUUCUAAUAAACGGAAGAGGGAAAAUACUGUAUGUGCUAUUUUAUAAGCAUUGGCUGGUUUCACAGAGGGAGAUAUUCCAGAAGUAAACUUUUGCAUCCUCUUAGAUGAGAUGGAAUUCAUGCCAUUAACUUUUGCCCAAGUGCUGAUACCUGUGGCAGAUUUUUUUAUUAAUUAUUCAGGUUAUAUGAUGAAAUAGAACUAGCAUAAC